UCAUACUUCAGUCGAUCGCAUGUUCUCCCAACAAAUGCACAGUCGCUCUUUUGUGUAAUUACAAUCUCCACGGCCCUCGUGGAGUUUUUGUGUGUGCCAAGUGACGCUCUAUUUUUCCUGGCUAAUUUUCCUCUCUGGAAUUCCGCGUGAGUGUGUUUCUCGCAGAGCGGAUUUCCUUGAUCUCGCGAAGGGAUUGUUGGCCAUUCUCUCUCGUCAUUUUCCUUGCGAUCGUAUUUUUGUGUGAAUUUUGUGAAGAAUGCCAGCCGAAAAAGUGGGUCCGAACAGGGUGAUGCCCUCCGAAUCGCACGCCAUCAUCGAGAAGGACGCGUACGUGAAGCUGAGAAUAGGCAACGACGGAAUUUCGGCGCACGAACCCAUCUCUGUGCCCACACUCCUCAACAGGGCGGCGCGCGACUACCCAAAUCACCCGGCGCUCGUCCACAAGAACGCCAACAACGUGUCGCAGAAGGUCACGUUCUCUGAAUACAAAGCAAAUGUUUACAAAGUGGCGAAAGCGUUCAUUAAACUUGGCCUGCAGCCUCGUCACUCCGUUGGGAUUCUGGCCUUCAAUAGUCCUGAGUGGUUCUACUCCGAAUUGGCUGCUAUUCAUGCUGGGGGCAUCGUGACGGGCAUCUACACGACAAAUUCGGCGGAUGCUGUUUAUCAUGUGCUCAGCACUUCGGAGGCAAACAUUGCGAUCGUGGAUGAUAGCAAGCAAAUGGAGAAAGUUCGAUCCAUUAGGCACAAAUUGCCGCAUUUGAAGGCUGUCAUCCAAACUUUGCCCCCUUAUGAGCCCUUCGUGAAGCGAGAGGACGGAUAUUAUCGUUGGUCAGAGCUGUGGGAAAUGGACGUGGAGAUGUACACGGAGGAGCUCAAUAAUCGGCUGGCUCGGAUGGCCAUCAAUGAGUGCUGUUGCCUUGUGUUUACGUCUGGCACCGUGGGCAAUCCCAAGGGAGUCAUGCUGAGUCAUGACAAUAUUACAUGGGACGCCUUCACCAUCGGCAAGCGUCUGCCGGGGAUCCAGUCUGGCAAGGAGGUGCUCAUCUCCUACUUGCCGCUGAGUCACGUGGCUGCCCAGAUCGUUGACGUCUUCCUCACGCUCCAGCUGGCCGUGACGGUGUACUUUGCGGACAAGGACGCCCUCAAGGGGACUCUCGUGAAGACUCUCCAAGAGGCACGACCGACGCGCUUCAUCGGCGUGCCGAGAGUGUACGAGAAGAUCCAGGAGAAGAUGCUCCAAGUGGCGGCCCAGAACUCGGGCAUCAAGAAGAUGAUCGCCGCGUGGGCCAAGUCGGUCACACUUGAGCAUCACAUGAACAUCAUCGAGGGCAAUCCGCAGGCGAGUUGGCAGUACAAAAUAGCGAAGAACAUCAUUAUGAAGAAGGUGAAGGAGGCUCUGGGUCUCGAUCGGUGCCACACCAUCGCCAAUGCGGCCGCUCCCAUGUCGCCGGAACUCAAGAAGUACUUCAUGAGUCUCGAUCUGCCCAUCAUGGACGCCUUCGGGAUGUCCGAGACCACCGGUGGGCACACACUCACCAAUCCUGAUGCCUACAACUUCAACACUGUGGGCAGAACACUGGCCGGCACCGAGACGAAGAUCCACGAGCCAGACGACAAGGGCCACGGAGAGAUUUGCAUGCGCGGCAGGAAUGUGUUCAUGGGAUAUCUCAAUGAGCAGGACAAGACAAAUGAGACGCUGGACGAAGAGGGGUGGCUGCACUCUGGCGAUAUUGGCUUCGUGGACGAACGCGGAUAUUUGUACAUCACGGGAAGACUCAAGGAGUUGAUCAUCACGGCUGGAGGUGAAAAUGUGCCGCCCGUGCAUGUUGAGCAUCUGGUGAAAAAUCAAGUUCCGUGCAUAAGCAAUGCCUUCCUGGUGGGUGACCAUCGCAAAUUCCUCACGAUGCUCGUUGCUCUUAAGACUGAAAUGGACUUGGACAGUGGUGCACCGAAAGAUGAGUUGCAUCCGGAAACGCUGACCUUUGUCAAAUCUCUCGGACUGGAUUAUACCAAAUUGUCGCAGAUUCAUUCAGCCGGACCAUGUCCUAAAGUACUCAAAGCCAUUGAAGAUGGCAUUAUUAGGGCCAAUAAAUUAGCCACGUCCAAUGCUCAGAGGAUCCAGAAAUUCAAACUCCUCCCGCAUGAUUUCUCCGUUCCGACUGGUGAAUUGGGUCCGACGCUCAAAGUGAAGCGCAGUGUCGUUGUGAAGAUGUACACGGACCUGAUUGAGAGCAUGUACACAGACUAGAAGAGUGUGUAUUUGUUGGGUUGAGUUAUUUUUUUCUGAGAAAAUCCAUUUACCACCAACAAAGGAUGAACACAGUGCCACGAAGAUAACUUCUAGACUCCGAUUUUCAAUAUAUUUUGCAACUUAAUUUCGUUAUAAAAUAAUUUGUUCUUGCUACUUAAAUUGGGGAUAUAAUACUGCUGAUUAUGUUAUAAAGGUGUGUAGUGCAAUUUUUGGUUUAAAAAAAAACUACAGGGCGUAACGUAGAUAGAAGACUUUCGAGGAAAUUUGUACAUCGACAAGCGAUGUAUGUUGGCAACUUAGAUACAAAGAGUGCUUUCUUGCCAGUACAAAAAGAAUGCAUUGAAAAUUGCAACAGUAAAAGACACUAAUUGUUGGCCAAAAUGAAAAAGAGUGAUAUAUAAAGUAAGCAAAAUGAUUCAUUGUUCAACUGAAGAGGAGAAGGUGGAUAAUAAAUUUUUUAUGAGUCUUUAAGAUGCUACUUAAAACAUUA